AUGGCACACAAAUUUGAAGUGACAGAGCACCAAUGGACAGAUGUAGAAACGUUAAUUAAAUUGCUUAAACCUCUACAGAUUAUGACCUCGCAUAAUGUAAGUGAUGAUGAAAUAACUGAAUAUUUUAAAACCACUGUAAUUAGGGAACUAUCAGAUCGUUUUAAAUUAUUGUGGUGUCCUUCUAGUGUCGUGUCUGCUAGGCAAAUAGCGUCUUUAAUCGACCCAAGAUUCAAGGACUUAGAGCAUGAAACGGUUGAUGCAAGGGAAGAAAUUCGGACACGGGUUAAAAAUUUGAUAAAAGAAAUAGCUGAAAUUAAUUGCGAUGUGAAAAUUGAAACACCUGUCAAUAAACAUCACGGGGAUCUUGAAUUUCUGUUCGGUGAUGAAAUAAAUUGUAAUACAGCUGAUAAUGACAUUCAGUAUCAACAUUACUUGGCAGAACCACAGUUAAAAUUUGAUUUUGAUGCACUAGAAUGGCGGAAGACGCGUGCAUCAAAAUAUCUACUAAUUGUUGCUCUGGCAACGAAAUAUUUAGGGAUACCAGCAACGUCAGUUAGUUCUGAAAGAUGUUUCUCAACCGCUGGAAACAUAGAGACGGCCAAGAGAAGUUGUUUGGCGCCCGAGACCGUAAACAUGCUGAUUUUUCUUCACCAGAACAAACAAUUAUUAUAA